AUGGACACGAGACAAGCAUGGGAGGAUCAGCUUGGGAACAACAGCAUGGCCAAGGUGUGCGACAGGGAGCUCAUGGCCCUCGGGGCCGUGGCUGCGGCUGUGGCUCAGGCUGCGAGUGCUGCAAGUGUUGUGAACGCUGCGAGUGCAGCAAGGAUGCCAGGAGGAAGUCACGGCUUCUGGCCCAUGAGACGUGACAUGGUGGGCCCGUGGCACAUGGGGCCUAUGGGGUCCGUGGGAUCUAUGAGGUCCAUCCCCACCAUGCCCUUGCCCAUGUCGCUUCAGCUUCCAGUGGCUGCUCUGCCUCCCAUGACCUCCACACCGCCCAUUGGAUGCACCAUGCAAGCAUCGUCUGUGCCUGCACCGUUCCCAGCUGUUUUCCAGACGAAUCCAGUGGCGGCUCAUUCCUGGCCCACGAGCAGAUGGCCUGCAGGCAACGGAACGAGGGGUAACAUGGGAGUUAACGGCAGUGGGGACGCGGGUGUAGCAGACCGCAUGAAUGGUGAUGCCGGUGGGGACGCAGUAGAGGAAUGCUUGCAGGCCAUGCAGGCCAUGUCCAUCGACCCAUCCGAUUCCUCUACUCGAGUUUCUCAGCCAUCCAAGUGGAGCAGCUUGGCGGAAGGUGCAGCAGGCAGAGCUGAUUACCAGUUGACUGGUGACUGCAGUAAUUUCGCAGGGAGCGGCAGCAUGCCAUCUUCCUUGCACCUGCAGCGCCCCUCUUCUGACUAUAGCUCCUUAUCAGCCGCGCCCUCGGUGCCCCACCAGCAAGCAGUACGACAUGUCCCAACCAAUCAGCAGCAGCCGUCUUAUUCCAUGGACGCAUACCCGCGUCUAUCGCCUCCGUUCUUCUGGCAUGAGGCUGUGUGGAUGCCUGGUUUUGCUCUCUCCCACGGCUUCUUCCCUUCCGCUUCCACCAACACCAGAAGCAGUGGCGCAGCCAGCAGCAAGUGCGCCAGUAGCACGCCUUCCAAUGAGCCCAUAACCAAGGAGGGCAGCGCUGACAGAGGAUGCCAGCAAUGUGUACCAGGCACUGAAACCCCACAGCAGGAACACGACAUGAAGACUGGGGAUGUGAGAGAGAAUGAGGAGAAGAGUGAAGGAAAAGCAAGUGAUUAUGAAGAAGCGUGUGGUACAACGGCAGGGAGUGAAUUCAACAAGGGCGAUGAAACAGACGACAGUGUAAUUUCUCCAGACAGCCCGAAGGCGCAUGACUGCUCCUCUUCUGCACAUCCCUCGCAGCCCUCACGGCCCGCACAGCCUUCACAUCGGCAGUCUCCUCUUCGGAGCAGAGCCCCGUCCCGCCUCAAGCCAUGCGACUCUGUGCACGUGCAUCUCUCUCUCUCCCUCCAGAUCCCCUCCCCACGCGCCUCCUCCUGCCUCUUCAGGAAGCCUCCACGUGCCCGCAGAUCCCCAGGCCUCAGAGUGCUGUCACCAGGCCUCAGUCCCCCGCAAAAGCAGCUGCUUGCAGGGGAAGCUGCACACAGCAUGGGGCUCAAAAGCCCUUCUUCUCCCCACUGCGCCGCCACUUCCCCAUGUCUGCGCUCCUGCCGCACUUCCUUCCCCCCGUGCGUCCCCCGCUGCAGCCCCACCUUUUCUUUCCUCCCGGAUUCGCUGUCCCCGCUCCACUCCCCUCUGGUCCUCUCCCCCACUGUUGCCCUGCAUGUCUCGCAUCCCUCAUCCCCAGUUGGCCCCUGUUCCCCCCGCUGCUGUUUGCAAGGCACCAGCCCAGCAAGGAAGAGAGAGAGUGUGAAGUGCAGCAUGGGCAAUGGUAGGGGUGGUGGAGAAGAGGAUAGGCUAAAAGAGGCAGGCGGGUUGGAGAAGGAAGGAAUUGCUCGCACUGGAGUGGGUGCAAAUUGUGGGAGGGGGAAAGCUCUGAAACGGAGUCCACUUGGGAUUUUCGAUCGCCCGUCGCGGCGGGCCAUGGCACGGGAUGAUGCGAUCGUGCCACAGCACGGCUCGGGAUUCCCGCUCCCAGACUACAUACCCAUCCGACGAAACGAGUAUCUUGUGAAGCGGCCCGCCAAGCCGUCGGCAGCGGAGUCGGUGCAGUGCGAAUGCCACAAGGGCGCGGGGGGGCGCGCGCGGGAGAGCAUCACGGGCCGGGGGUGGAAGCGACUGGUGGUGGCGGAGGAGGAGGAGGAGGAGGAUGAGGGUGAGGAUGAGGGGGAAGAGGAGGGGAGUGAUGAUGGGAGCUCAGAUGAUGGCUUGGAAGGGGGAGAUGGAGGAGAGGAGAGCGAGGAGGAUGAGGAGGAGGAAGGGGAGGAUUCAGAAUCGGAGGAAGAGGAGGAGGUGGAGGAGGGGGAGGAUGAGGAGGAUGGGGAGUGGCAGGGAGGCAAGAGGAAGGCGAGUGCGGUGAAGAUGAGCCAGCAAGGAAGGACGACCAAGGGGAAGACGAAUGCGCAGGCGACGCACAACACCAAGACAGGGAGGAGGCGGAGGAGGAAUAUGUCCAUCUGUGGCGAGGCAUGCCUCUGCCGGUGUGUGACCAUUGCCACUCCUGCACCUCCUUUCAUGGCGCGUGCCUCUCUCCUCCCUCUGCACCAUCAGCUCCCGCUCCCUGCACACAUCCUCUUCCACUCUCAUUAUCUACUUUCCGUCUCUCUCUGCUCCUUCUCCAACCUUCCUCCCCCCCCACCCCUCACCCCCUCCGCCUCCCUGCGCCCCUCUCCGCCCUCUCUCCCCCCACAGCAUGUUGCACGUGAGUUGCAGCAAGCACUGCGGGUGCGGGUCGUCGUGUCAGAACGCGCCCUUCCACCGCCGCCCCUCGCGCAAAGUCAAGCUCUGCAGGGUGCGUCGCGCUGCCCCCCCGCCUCCCCUCAACCGUCUCAGCACACCGCAACCCUGAACCAUCACUGCUCGCUGCUCCGCAUAGCCCACUCCGCUGUUGCUUGCCCCAUGGCUGUCCAUCUCCUCUCUGCUCACACAUACCCCCCUGCCCCCAGCUCACCGUCCCUUCUUCUCCCCCGCAUUAUUCCCGCUUAUCCCCCGCGUUUCCCCUUCAUAUGUCCUGCUUUUCCCGUUUUCACGGAUAAGUGCGGGUGGGGCCUCAAGGCCAACGAGGACCUCCCUGCGGGAUGCUACGUGAUGGAGUAUGUGGGGCAAGUGAUAGACGACGCCACGUGCGAGCAGCGCCUGUGGGACAUGAAGGCUGCCGGGGAGACCGACUUCUACCUCUGCGAGGUUCACCCCUGCCGCCCCCUGCCGCCCCCUGCCGCCCCUGCCGCCCCUGCCACUCCUGCCGCCCCUAUCACUCCUGCCGUCCGUGCCGCCCCUGCCACCCCUGCCACCCAUUGCUGUGUGCUUCACUGCGAUUCCAUGCGCUUCGCCUCAUUGCCUCGUCAAUCAAGCACGGAGCACUGCUAUCCCCAUUCUUUCCAUGCCAUCUCGCCCCUCGAGGUCGUGAGCAGUGACAUGAUCAUAGACGCGCGCUACAAGGGCAACCUCUCGCGCUUCAUCAACCACUCCUGCAACCCCAACUGCGAACUGCAGAAGUGGCAGAUGGAUGGGGAGGUGCGCAUAGGCGUGUGCACGCUGCGCGCAGUCAGCAAGGGGCAGUUCCUCACAUACGACUACCAGUUCAUAGGGUUCGAGCUACAGCCCAAGGAGUGCCACUGCGGGGAGCCCAACUGCCGCGGCCUCCUCGCCACGCGCACCAUCUCCCCCUUCACCCUCCCCCUCCCCUUCCCCGCCCCCGCCCUCCCCGCGCUCCCCAUUCCGCCCGCCUUGCCCGCCACCCCCCCGCAUGCAGGGGGAACCGUUCCCCCUGGGGGCGCGCAGGGGAAGGGGAAGCGCGGAGGCAGAGGGGGAAAAGGGGACGGAAUAAAAGGGGAAGGGAGGGGGAAGACUGUGGUGGAUGUGUGUGGGGGAGUCGUAACAGGGGGCAGCGGGGCAGGCAGGGGCGGGGUGAGGGGAAGAGGACGGGGAAGAGGAGGUAGUAUGGGGCAGCAAGGAGCAGUGGGCGUGGGGAGAGGAAGCGGGAGGGGAAGAGGGCGAGGCAGGUGGGAGGUGGGAGGAAGGGAGUGUGGAGAGAGGGGUGGUGGCAAGAUGGGGAGAGGCAGGGGUGUUUCUGCAGGAGGUGCAGCAGUGCCGAUUGCCUUGGGGAGAGGUGCAGCAGUGCCGAUUGCCUUGGGGAGAGGUGCAGCAGUGCCGAUUGCCUUGGGGAGAGGUGCAGAAGGGAGCAGCAGAGGCAGCGACAGAGGGAGAGGGAGAGGGAGAGGAAAAGUGUGGGUGAAGCGGCCGAAGAGGCGGCAUCUGUCAGAGCUGCAUGCGGACGGGCACACUCUGGUGAGCGCUGGUGGUGCGCUUGACACUGACCGAGACUUGGCUGAUGUUUCUCGUGCCAGGGCUAAGAGUAUGGCUCUAGAGGCGGAUGAGGAGGAGGAGGAGGACGUGGAGGAGGAAGAGGAGGAGGAGGAGGAGGCAGAUGAGGAGGAAGAGGAGGAGGAUGAAGAGGAGGAGGAAGAUGAGGAGGAAGAGGGAGAGGAAGAGGAAGAGGAAGAGGAGCAAGUGGAGGAAGAGGAAGAGGAAGAGGAAGAGGAAGAGGAAGAGGAGGAAGAUCUGCAGGAGCGCGGGGAAGAGAUAUCUGGGGAGGGGCGUCGUGGGAGCAGGCGCCUCAUUCCGGGGCCGGGGUGGGCCCCGGUGCCCCUGCUGCGCGGCACCAGGCGCAAGCGCCAGGCACGAGGAGUGCGAGGGGGCAUGCGCAGUGAUGUGCGCGGUAGCACUGCUGGCGCUGUUGCUGGGGGCAGCACCGCUGCUGGGGCCACCGCAUGCGCAUGCAGAGGCGCGGAUGGUGCAGGGGGCGUGCACACAGGGGGCGUGCACACAGGGGGCGUGCACACAGGGGGCGUGCACACAGGGGCAAGGACUCCUGUGGUGAUAGUGCAUGAGCACAUGUGGCGCAUGGCUACGGAUCAACGGCCAGGAUUGCAGGGUGUGGCGGUGGAGGGAGCGGGACAGACGGUGCCAAGGAGCGGGUGGCAGAAGCAGGCUCUCUCUCUGCUCCCACCUGCCCCUCGUGGCCCCUCGUCGCCCCAUGAUGCAUGCGUGCCGUGUCGCAUGCAUGCUGCUACUGCCAUGCCCCCUGACCUCUGCUGUCCCCACCAAGUGGACCCACUGCACAUGUGCGCACAUGGCAUGGCAUGCCCAGUAGCAGCAGCACAGACGUGUGGCGAGGGAGUGGCGGCAGUGAGGGGUGUGACUCCAGAUGAUGUGCCUGAAAGGGGGUCCGCCACUGGCAAUGGCGCGCUGGCAGUGGGUGCACACGUGGACACUGCUGGUUGCACUGAUGUGACACGUCAGCAGGAAAGGGAAGGGGAUGGGGGACGCUUGGGGGGAGAGGAGGGGAAGAGAGACGGAAAGAAGGGGAUGUUUGAAGGUAGAGAAUGGAAAGGGGAGAGAGGGAGGGGGGGAGGAGUGAGAAGGGGUAGAGGAGGGAGAGGAGGGAAGGGAGGGAGAGGAGGGAGACGAGAUGGAAGAGGGAGCAAAGGCAGCGAUGGGAGAGAGGAUGUGGCCACAGGUGACCUCAAGGGGCUUGGCGUUGCUUCUGCUGCUGCUACUGCUGCUGCUACUGCUGGUGGUGACGCCAGUGCUGCUGCUGCAUGUGGGCAGGGUAGGAGAGGGGGCAUGUCUUGCGUUAGAGCAGCAGGGCCGGGCCGAGGGGGAAGUGGCAGCAGCAGACACGCAGCAGCUAGAGUGGUGGCAGCUGCAAUGACUCGCGUGGCGAGGGGAGGGCGGGGAGGGCGAGGAGGGCGUGGAGGGCAGGCGGGUGUGGUGUGCGCAGGGAGGGGAGACGUGGCCAUAGGAGGUAGCAGUGACGUGGAGACAGGGGACGAUGGUGCUGGCACCAAGGGGGGAGGGAGGGGAGGGAGAGGAGGGCGGGGGAGGGGGCGGAGGGGCGGGGGCGCGUGGUGGGGCGGGGGUGGGGGGCGAGGGGGCGCGGAGGCGGAGGGGGUGCGGGAUGCCAUGCUGGAGCGGCUGAGCCAGGCGCUGGUGGGGCAGCGCGUGCAGCUCUGGUGGCCCCUGGAACAGAGGUUCUUCGCAGGCACGGUUAUGGGCUUUGACCCCGCCACCAUGAAGCACCAUGUGAGUUGCCCCUCCACCAUGCAUGUGAACCCACGCGUAUGUCAUGUCAGCAUGCGGGCCAGCCCUCCUCUCCCCUGUCUUCCACCCGCACUCCUCUCCUCCUCUCCCCCGCCUCCCUUCCCCGCUUCCUCCCCCUGGUCCAUACACUCACACUCUAAAGGCCUCACCAACCCUCCCUCCCCUCUUCUCCCCUUCCCCUCCCCCUUAUCUCCUUCCCCUCUUCCCCCCUUCCUUCCCUCCCUUCCAACCCCCUCGCUCUGUCCCCUCCUCCCUUUCCUCUGUUCGCAGGUGCGGUACGACGAUGGGGACGAGGAGCACGUGGUGCUGGGCCGCGAGCAGUGGCAGCUGGAGGCGCACCCACCGGGCAGAGCAGGCAGAGGCGCGCAGGGGGGAAGCAGCACGGGGAGAGGCACAGGGGAGGGCACUGGAGAGGGGGCAGGGGGCGAUGGGGAGGGGGAAGGAGCAGGGGAGGAGGCAGGAGGGAGAGGCAGGGGGGUGAAGUGGGGUGUGGGGUCGGGCGGAGCUGCUCGUGCUGCUAUGGGCAAGGGCAAGAGGCCUGCGGAUGGUGCGCCCCUGCCGAGCCUGGCCGAUGCGCCGAAGCUGUUUGGUUCAGCGCAGCGGCCAGGUUCGGGGCUGAGCCGGGCGGAGCAGGAGGCGCUAGCACGGCAGCAGGCGCUGGUGGGGCGAAGGGUGGAGGUGUGGUGGCCGCUGGAACAGAGGUUCUUCAAGGGGGUCAUCGGCGGCUACGAUGCUUCCACUCGCAAGCACAGGGUGGCAUAUGAUGAUGGUGACGUGGAGCACGUAUCUUUGCGUGCGGAGCGGUGGCGCUUUGAGAGACAAACGGUGCCACCCACUGCCUGCUACUCGUUGCCCUUCUCCUGGCGAUCCGAGCCACUGACCCACCGUGCGGUGCGCGACCUGCAGGGCGAGCAGAUCAGGAUUUGGGCACCGCAACUCCACAGGUUCCGCAACGGCACGGUGGUAUCAGUGGCACACAGCAAGUUUACCAUCGAGUUUCUGUACGACGAUGGGGAGAUCGCAGUGCUGGACCUCUCACAGUGCCGCUGGGAGCUUGUAGACUCCGACUGA